UCAUCCUCAUCCUCAUCCUCAUCAUUACUCUACUUGACCGAAGACAUCAUGAAGCACGAGAAGAACAUCCCACCCGAGCACCAUACCCAUAGGACUGGCGAGUGGCUGCCUCAUGACCACCGAGCACACCGGGAAUGGUUGGCUGGAGUCAUCGAGCAUGUCGACCAGAAUCCCAAAGAUCUACAUCCCGUGGUACUGGAAUUCAAGGAUCUAAUCGAGAAGAAUACACGCGUCUGGCUACUCUUUUCCUCCAUGUUUGAUCAGAUUCCCAACAAAGCACCCUACAAGAACGACCCUCAAGGUGGCGGGCAUCCGACAGUCCGGGAUCAUAUCCACAUGCUUCAAGUCAUCAACCACAUCCUGACAACGGCGCCUUCCUGGAACGACAAGUCCGAGAGAGUUGGCUUGGUGGGACUGCCGUUCAACGCGCUCUUCGACUGGCCCAUGGGCACUAAGAGUGGCUUUGCCGCCUUUCUCGAUCCUCAGGUCAAUGCCAUGCUGAAGAAGAUCCUCAACGCCUGGGCCGAGUUCCUCGGUUCGCCAGACUCAGCGUACGUGUUGAAGAGAGAUGCGAAGGGCAGCUGGUUCAGUCCGCACGGUCACGACGAGCUCCAAUUCACGGCGAAUUUAGGCAAGACAAACUACAAAUUCGAAGAAAUGUUUCACUGCGACCCGUCAGAUCCGCAUAUGGGCUACAAGUCAUGGGAUGAGUUCUUCACCCGGCAUUUCAAGGAAGAAGUGCGACCUGUUGCGAGUCCCGAUGAUGACAACGUGAUUGCCAAUGCGUGCGAAUCCAAGACGUACAAGGUGGCGCGGGAUGUGAAGCGGCGAGACAAGUUCUGGCUCAAGGGACAACCGUACUCGGUCGUGGACAUGCUGGCUCAAGAUCCGCUCGCCGAUCAGUUUGUGGGGGGAACAGUGUAUCAGGCGUUCCUGAGUGCGCUGAGCUAUCACCGUUGGCACGCGCCUGUCUCAGGGAAACUGGUCAAGGCAUAUGUUGUGGAUGGCACAUACUAUUCGGAGCCGCUCUUUGAGGAUUUUGGGCCCAACAAGUCGGCUGAUCCUGAAGGUGAAGUCACCAGUCAAGGAUAUUUGACGGCAACUGCGACCCGAGCGAUCAUGUUUUUCGAGGCGGACAAUCCUGCGAUCGGAUUGAUGGCGUUCCUGGGCAUUGGUAUGUGCGAAGUGUCGACUUGCGAGAUGACGGUCAAGGAGGGGCAGCAUGUCAAGAAGGGGGAUGAAAUUGGCAUGUUCCAUUUCGGAGGUUCGACUCAUUGCUUGAUGUUCAGAAAAGGAGUCGAGGUGGAGGGAUUCCCUGAGCCACACCCCGAGCACAACAUUCCUGUGAGAAGCGAGGUGGCUCGAGUCAAGUCGACAUAGGUGGCACAGAAUGAAGUUGAGGUUGACCUAAAGGUGUUGAGCUUUCGUUAGCGAGUCUGGGCAGCUCGGCACGAACAGGGAGAGCUCACUGACAGCAGAAUCACGUGAAAGAUCAGAUCACGUGAAAGCCAAGUAUGAUGAUGUCAAUUCAAAUAGAGACUAGUUUCUUUUGUCGGCGCGAAGAUUUUGG